AUGUCAGCUAUACGCUUUCCCCGGAUUGGAGGCAUUGCUAAGGCUCCCGACGGGACGUAUUGCGUAGGACCGCUCCCUGGAAUCGGCGGCCCCUUCGACUUACCAGCGCAGUUUUUGGGAGCCUGGGCUGACCACAUCAAGUUUCCGCUUUUUGAAAAGACCAUCCGGGAACGAACACCCCCGGACUUGGUUGAUGAGAUACUGGAGUCAAUCAGAUCAUUCCCGUCCAGACUCAAGCAGCUUGCAAAGGAAUAUAGCUUCCGGACAGACCACUCUACCAAGAAAGCGAAGACGGUUCUAUUUUGCGCAUGCUAUGUGGCUGUAUCAUAUCGAUGGGAGGAUUGGGUUUUGCAACAAUGUCAUCAAUUCUUUGCAGACUACAUAGAAACAGCCCCGUUCUCCUCCAAUAGAAGCUUUGGCCCUCACAGGGAGGGCAUUCAGGAGUCUUGGUCUCAUCAAGAUGCUGCGCUCGUGCCGCCCCAUGAAGGCUAUAUUGGGCGCGGGCUGAAUCACGUCUGCGGCAGUGUCCUUGGCAUGAUUUACGGCUGGGCAAGGAACGGCGAAAGUGCUCGGCUACCUACCUAG